GAAUUUUCGCCGACUUCAGCAAAAAUCCCACCGCCAACCGCCAAGUAUCGAGUUCGAUGACAAGCCAAUAUGUAGCACCAAAAAAGCAUUGUAGUUACGAGUAUAAAAAACCCACUGUUUGCUAUCCUAAAUCAUCAGUUCACUUUAGUAGCUACACAGUUCCAGUCACUUGUACUCAAGUCAAACUUACCAGCCAAGAUGAAAUCCUUCGUUUGCAUUGCUCUAGUCGCCGCCAUCCUCAGCGUUGCCUUGGCUAGCCCAGCUGGUAAUGCGGCUGCCACAUCUAGCGUCCAGGAAGCCCAAGCCGAACAGAAUCAGCAAGCUGCCUACGAUUUAACACGUUUCCGUAAAUCCGCUUAUGGUGCCGCUCCCAGCAUUCCAGCACCUCCUUGCCCCAAGAACUACCUGUUCAGCUGUCAACCUAACUUGGCUCCAGUUGCUUGCGCCUCUCCCGCCGCAGCUUCAUACGGUUCAGCCGGUGCCUACUCAGCGCCCAUUCCAGCUUACGUCGCUCCUCUGCCUGCUGGCUAUGCUGGUAUGGGCUUCAACCCCAAUCAAUACUACCAAUAUUGAAAAGGAAAUGAUC